UUAAGUCCAUAUAAUAUUAUGUCUACUGAAUAAUUAUGAAAUGUAAUUAAUAAGACUUGGGAAAUGGAUACGACAAGUGGAAAUUAUACUUGUAUUAACUGUGGCGGACCUGUUAAAGAUCUAUACAAAAAAUAUAGUGCAACCGUAUUGAAGUUAACGGAAUGUGAACACUGUAAAAAUAUAGCGGACAAGUACUUAGAAUAUGAUACAGUUAUCAUCAUAAUAGAUUUGAUUCUACUUAGAUUGAUAGCUUAUAGGCAUAUAUUACUGAAUUCGAAAUUUAAGAAUUUUUGGAAACUUUCGAUAAUAUUAUUGCUGCUAGAAACUUACAUACAUUGGUCAGCAACUGUAAAACAUGUUCCUAAGGAAACAGAAUUAAACAAUACAGAACCUUACUUAACGGAACCAGAUAUUUAUUUAGAAGAUAUAAAAUUUUACUUGUUAGGAGUCGAUAUGAUAAUGUGUACAAUUUGUUUUGUGGUAGUCAUUUACCUCUUCACGAUUAUCUAUACUUUUCUCAAGAAACGAGCAGGAAUACCAUUCCUCAUGAUCUGUAAAAUGGUAACCAUAUCCAGUACGGGACUGUUUUUGUUCCUGCCAUCGUUAAUAUGGGACACGAGUGUACAUAAUUUUCACCUUCACUUUAUAUCUAUAUACACUACGCUUUCCCAAUUGUUAGCUUAUAAAGCCCUGUGUAACUGUGAAAAAGUGUGGACUCUCAUAAUUAUAAUGUCAUCCAUUUUAACGAAACUAUAUAUUAGGAAUUUUUUUAACACUGCAGCUUUUGUGAAAGAUUUUAUACCUGAUUAA